AUGGCCGGAUGGGCAUCCAACUACUUGAAGCCCAAGUCUGGAAGCUUCGAUGGGAAUGAGAUGGUGAUGGGUCUUUUGCUCUCCCAGAAGAAGUCCAGCCUCGACCUCAUGCAGAAUUGUGAUCUGCCUCCACCAGUCAAGGUCUUUGCGGGGCCUGAUAAGGCGGUCUUGUCGUCCAUGAAUAGGGUUUAUGACAUGGUUGUUCAAGAAGACGAAAAUGAUGAGCUUAGCGGCAUUGAAAAUGAAGUGAAACUGAAGCUUUUGAAGGCCCUGCGACUGUCACAGACACGGGCAAGAGAAGCAGAAAAGAAAGCUGCAGUUUUGGAAUCAGAGAGGGAUCGUCUCCGGAAUGCUUUCCUGGAAGACUCGUCGCGGUUGUUUGGUUACCGGCAAUGGAUGAAACUACUCGAGCUUCAAUUGUCAAGGUUACAAAGGCAACAGCUACAAUGGCAGUUUUGUAGUGGUUGCCACCAAUCACAUGGUAUUGAAGGAUCGCAGAAUAUGGAUGAAGAUGAUGGGGAUGCAGGGGGUAUAACAUGGUUUGCCGCUAUAGCUCUUUGUUUGAGCAUUGCUGGUGUGGGUUUUGUGUUCAGUUGCAGAUACUUUUUUUGA